GAGGGCAGAAAGAAGGAGGUGAUUGUUGGGGAGAAGAGAAACAUAAAAGGAGGAGAGAGCAAGAGAGGCAGCAAGUGGAGGAAAAACGAAGAGAGAGGAGCUCACUCACCUUUUCAUAAAGAUUACAAACUUGCAAACAACAGUACGAUGGCUGCCAGAAGGCAUCUUCCUUUCCCCCUGGUGAUCAUUUGCCUGGUUCUCAUCAGAGGUUACUCUAAUCUGCCAACAACAUCACAAAUGGCAGGGACGAAUCCAAUGAGACCUCUGACACCGACCGAGGAUUACUUUGACUAUGAAGACCGAUACACCCAUGCUGUACCCAGUACAGUGACUCCAUAUGGAGGGACCUCUGACAAAUGCAAGUACAAUCCCUGUCUGGAGAGUCAGACCCCCUGUGCUGAUCUGGCAGCCUCCAGCGGCUGCACGUGUCGAGGGUCCACUUUACAUAAUCAACUUCCGUUGGCUCCCGAGCUGAAAUCAGUGUCCUGGAACGGAUCAGAGGUUGUACUUCAGUGGUGUGCACCUUAUUCAUAUGUCACAGGUUAUAAAGUGACAGUAGUGGGGGAAGACAAGCAGAUGUUUGGGAAGGACCGAAGGAGCGGCGGAGUGGGAGACGUGGACACCAUCGCAGAGGUUUGUGUGGUGGCGGUGAAUGAUGUUGGAAACAGUACGCCGUCCUGUUUGACGUACCAGCCCAGUGACAGAAGUCUGCCUCUGAAAGCAGGUCUCAUUGGGGGAGCUCUGGGCUUCCUUCUGCUCCUCUUGCUGGCUGUCCUGCUCUGGAGGCACAAGAGGCAACGGAAACAGGAGGCCAGCAUUUCUAUGCAUGACACAGCUGAGACAGAGUGAACAGAAAACAGACGCUCGGGGAUAAGACUCUGUCCCAUGAGACUCCUCAGCGUCAUCAUAGUUAAUUAUAUUAUAUUAUAUAUUUUAACAUCUGAGUUUUUUUGUAUAAAGAGGUUUUAAAGAUGUUUUUAUUGUAUGGAAUACAAUGAAAAUAUCAAUAUAUUUAUACCAGAGACAACAGCUGAUGGGUACAAAGGUUCAAUGAUUUUGAAUAUUUUGAUAUUAUCAGUGGUCAUGUUAGAAUAACUUCACUAGGGUUAGGUAGCAGUUGUUGACAUGUCAAAACAUACUGUAUGGAGAAAAUGCGUAUGGUGGUGUUACGCUUUCUUUGAAACUCUCUGUGAGAGUUUCUUAUUUUAUGUAUUUAAUUAAAGAGUGAAUGGAUUUAUUAUGGUUCUAAAGACUGAAAGUGAAUGAUGUGCUGUAUCAUGUAGGCCUAAUGAACAGUAUUUGGUUUGUUGUUGUAAGUCUUAUACAUGUUAAGAGUUUGAUUUGACAGGUUUCUUUAAACUAAUGCAAGUUUGGAAAAACAAACUGAAGUCUACAGCACACAAAACAAGACUGACUGUUUAAACUGAUACACUGUAUAUGUCUGUUAAAGGCCUGACUAUUUAACUCAAGUAAAACAUUCCCUUAGUUGCUAAAAUGUGUAGUUAUUUAACAACUGUGGGAUGGGUGUGUUUUUCCAUCUGUCUCAGUGUCGGAAGUUGUGUCAGCGUACUGGAUGAGCACAAGUGUUCAGUGCUGUUUUUCCAGCUGUCAUACAAUAGCCUUUUCAGCGGAUAUGGAUUUUGUAAGGCUUGUGUCAUUCCAGCUGAGACUUCAUCCAGCACUGAACUGGUAAGAAGCUUCAGGCUUUUUUUUUUUUUGCAUUAAGGUGAAAAGAAGAAGAAAGUCCAAUAUUUAAAUCCUCCCCAGUUUAUCUCAUGUUCAAGCCUCCAUCUGCAUGUCUCGCAGCCAUGUUAUAAUUCCUUUUUGCUCUGGCUGCUGCCACAGAGUUGUUCCAAUGCUCCUGGCGUCUUUCUUAUUCCAACUGCACUGUACAACUUACAUCGCACAGAGCUGCAUGGAAGUCAAAUAACAUCUGUAAUUUGGAGACAUACAGAUUGUUCAUUUCAGUCACUGAAAUGGCCUCAAGAUGUUGCUUUUAUGACACAUAUAUUCAGCCUGAGUGCAGUUGUUCUCAAGGGGGAGGGGGGGGGGGGGGGGGCUUGAAAUAAAUGGAACAGUAUGAGACGGAAUGCAUAAACAUGGGCAUACAAUAUCAUGUGGUGUUAGCAGUCUGUUUUAAAUAACAUGUAAGAUAGGCUACUUAAAAAGCAUGCAGGUUUGACAAGAACUACAAGCAGAGCAGUGCUGUGGUGAUGGUACUAGAACAGUACAUGUACUUAUUUCAAAAUGAAUGUGGUAUGGCUUUUUUAAAUAAACUAUUUUUAAGAGACUUUGAA